UGGUGGGUGCCCCGUGGGCUCCGGCAUGAGGUGGCGGCCGCUUCCCCUGUUUCUGCUUCCCUUGCUGGCCGCGCUGGGCGGCCUCGGAGGUCCCGGGAGCGGUGAGGAGCAGUGCAACAGGACAGGGCAAGCUCCGUGUGGCGAGAAGUGCAUUCCUGUGGCCUGGCUCUGCAAUGGGAGACUGGAGUGCCCCGACGGGGUGGACGAGCAAUGUGAGGAAGCGUGUCACGGACACCCACAGGCCUGGCAGUGUGAUGACGGGAAAUGCAUUUCUCUUAGUUGGCUUUGUGAUGGCAUCAGUGACUGCUUAGAUGGAUCUGAUGAGGUUAACUGUGAGCUGUCUACAGCUUGUCCUGACUGCAAAAUCAAGUGUCCAGGACAUGGUCGGUGUUGUGAGGCCCAGGAGCUAUGCGACAUACACGAGGCCUGUGAAGAUGGGUCUGAGGAAGCCCUCUGCCCCCAAAGCUAUUGUCCAGCAGGACAGUGGCAGUGUAAGAAUAAGGCAUGUGUCGCCGACAGCUGGAAGUGUGAUGGCAGGGAUGACUGUGGUGACUCAUCCGAUGAGGAAGUGUGUGCUUCUUGUCCAGAGAACAUGUUCAAAUGCGAUGAAGGGAAAUGCCUCCCAGAAUCCCGGAUGUGUGACGGGGAAGCUGACUGUACUGAUGGCACCGAUGAACCCAAGACAUGUGGUAAAAACUGCUCUCUGCUCAAUGGAGGCUGUGAUGGGUUAUGUGUGGACACUAACUGGGGUGUCCAGUGCUCAUGUGCCCCUGGAUGGCAGUUGCAGCCAGAUUCUCAGAGCUGUGGAGAUGUGGAUGAGUGCUCCAUGGCAUACGGCCCCUGUGGCCAGCUCUGCAGGAACACACCAGGCUCUUACUCCUGUGACUGUGCUCCAGGUCACCAGCUCCACAAUGGCACUGACUGUCGAGUGACAGAUGAUACCAUGAAGAUUCUCAUUGCAUCAAAUCAAGGGCUUGGUGUUCUGGAGGAAAGAUCAGGCAUAUAUGAGAUUUUGAUACCUGCAAAAUCAAGGCCCACUUCUGUUGCAUAUGAUCUUGAGAGAGGCAUGUACUUCUGGGUGGAUGAAGUUUUAAAUGUGUUUGUUCUUGGGAAGCCAAAUUCUGUUCCUCUUUAUCCAGAACUGAAAGCAGUGAACAGUAUCUCUUUGGACUGGUUCACGGGGCAGUUGUACUGGGCUAGCAGCUUUUCCAGGGUCAUCUGUGCUGGUUUAAGUGAUGGCAGAGGCUAUGUAAAAGUCUUGGAAAAGGAUCUUAUACCAGAGCAGCUAGUCCUGUUUCCGGCAAAGAAGUAUAUGUUCUGGGUUAAUCGAGAUGAGAGAGGCAUGAGGACUAUUGAAAGCGCAGGGAUGGAUGGCUCUGAUAGGAAAGUAAUUGCUGUUGUAACCAUGGAGGAGCCUGUAGGACUGACGCUUGAUCACAUGACCGGAAGGCUCUAUUGGAUCAGUAACUAUAAAGAGUCCAUAGAGACAAUAAAAGUGGACGGCCAUGGGAGGUACACCUUCCCUGAGGUCUUCUUGGAAGGUGAAGAUCCAGUGGGACUCGCUGUAUUUGAGAACUAUUUCUUCUGGGCAAAUCAUGUAUAUCUAGUCCAUACUUUACCCCACACCCCAAAGGAGAGAGUGGUGCUACUGAAUGCCUCCAUAGCUGCUUUCUCAGUCCUCCACAAAUCCCAGCAGCCAAAGAGUAGAUACCAGGCGUGUGUUCCAGGUUCAUGUAGCCACUUAUGUCUCCUGUCACCUGUCCAUCCCAAGGGUUAUAAAUGUGCAUGUCCAGAAGGAAUGUUUCUUUUACCUUCUGGUUCAUGUACUGAGUUAAAACUUGUGUUUUCUUCGGGAAAACGUCUCUACUUGUUGAAAGUUGGCUUUAUGGGAACCUCUAUAGAGAGAACUUUAGUUCAGGAGCAACCUUGGAAUAUCUAUUUAUUGGAUAUUGAUUGGAAAAGAAACCUCAUCUACUGGGCUAAUGCCCAGGGUCACCUGUUCCGCUCAACUGUCUUUUCAAGGGAAAAGCAAGAGAUUUGGAAAGAGCCCCCAGUCUGUUCAGCAAAUGUGGACAUAGCAACUGGGAACUUGUACUGGCUUCCCUGUGACAGAAGCACCAUUCGGAAGACUAUGAUGUCUGACCAUGACACACAUACCCUCCACAGAACUGGCAGCAUUAUACUGCACCUUCUUCUUGAUUGGCCCAAGAGGAUGCUCUACUGGGUAGAAAGUGGGAAGCACCUGCAAAGUAUGACCUUUGAUGGCAAAAGGAGACAGGAAGUCUGGAGCGGCACCUGGACAGCAGACACUCACAUGGCCUUAGACCUUGGUUCAUCUAGCAUCCUCUGGGUGACCAAAGGGCUAGGGGUGCAAAGUCUAAGUCUCCUAAAAAAUAGAACGUACACCUUGAGCAAAAACUGGAGUGACGGGCUACUGGCUGCGCAUGCGCCCUACCUGGUGACUACGAACAGAGCAGCCCUCAUACUGUGGGAUAGGAGGAUGCUGGUGCACUUCUCCGUGUCAAAAGAGCCAUUUGUAAGGAAGAUCGUCAUCCUGGCAGAGAAUCAGCAGGUUCCAGACCCUGAGGUGGAAGGAGUAGCCCUGAGUACACCACCAACUCCUCCCAUCCACGUGCCUCUACUUUGCACCAGCUCCUCUGUCCCCUGUCAGAAUGGAAAGGAAUGCAUUUCUCAGGAGAAGCUCUGUGAUGGGAACCCUGACUGUGAGGAUGGAUCUGAUGAAAAGAAUUGUUCUCAGAUCUGCAAUAGACCAGGACUCGCUGUAUCCCUAAGUCUUGGCUAUGUGAUGGCAACCCAGAUUGUGCUGACAGAAAAGACGAACAAGGAUGUAGUCACCAAAAAUGCAGCCCCUCUGAAUUUAGCUGUGAGAGCGGUCAAUGCAUUCUGUCUUCUCUGCGUUGUGAUGGGAAGCGAGACUGCCCUGACCACUCAGAUGAAGAGGGCUGCCUUGCUGCCCGGCCCCAGCAGUGCCCAGUGGGGCAGGUCCAGUGCCAGAGGAGCGGAGAAUGUGUGUUGGCAGAGUGGAGAUGCGACCAUGACUUCGACUGCGAAGAUGGAACGGAUGAGAAGGACUGCGGCAUGGGGGAGCUGCCAUGCGGCUUGGGGCAGUGGGCUUGUGCCAGCCAGGCACAGUGCGUGCCCAGCUCCUGGCUCUGUGAUGGGCACAGCGACUGCCGGGACAACAGCGAUGAGGCUGGAUGUGCCCCCACCAAGUGCCCGAGUUCCCAGUUCCAGUGUGGCUCCUCCGCCUGCCUCCACUUCAGCCUGGUGUGUGACGGGACCCAGGACUGUGCUGAUAGCUCUGACGAAGGAGAGCAGUGCUCGCAGGCAUCGUGCCUCGAGGAAGAGUGCGAUCACUCCUGCUACCCAUCUCCACGUGGACCUGUGUGCACCUGUGAGCCAGGCUUUGAGCUGGAGAGCGGUGGAAAAAUCUGCAAGGAUGUGGAUGAGUGUCAGAAGUUGGGGGGCUGGCUGUGUAGUCAGACCUGUAUUAACACCCAGGGCUCCUACAGCUGAACCUGUCACCCUGGUUACCUGCUGGAACCUGAUGGCCACACCUGUAAAGCCACAGUUUAACCUAUUCCUCUAUGGGCUGAGGAGCUUGAAAGAAGAUAUUCUGGCAACUACAGACAAGAACCUGAUUAUUUUCUCUGUGGACUAUGACUUGGUGAAUCACACAGUCUUCUGGGCAGAUCUUGAUACAGAAAGCAUUCAGUGGAUCAGUAUGGACACAAAGGAAAAGGGGGCUAUCAUCAAAGGGAUAAAGGCGGACUCUCUAGCAGUUGACUGGAUUGGGAGGAAUCUCUACUGGAUUGAUGGGUCGGCUGGCCAGAUUUCAGUGCUUCCACUGACUGCUGCUUGGAGAGGAAACUCUGAGUACACAAUUGUCCUGGAUGAUGACCUGAAUCAACCACGAUCUUUGGUUUUAGAUCCCUUAAGUGGGUUCAUGUACUGGGCGGAAAUUGGAGAGGAACCACAGAUAGUGCAAGCUGGAAUGGAUGGUGGUGGCAGGAAAACACUCAUCCAUCAAGGCCUUGGUCGACCAACGAGCAUAGCUCUGGACCAGUUGAGUUGGAAGAUAUUCUGGUCUGAUGACAAGCUUCACUGUAUUGGUUCUGCUAAUCUAGAUGGUUCUGGUAUCAGUAUAUUGCAGCUAACACAGAUCCAGAGUCCCUUUUCGGUUGCUGUGUUUGAAGAUGAAGUUUUCUGGUCAGAAAUUAAAACAAGAACAGUACAGCGUGUGAAGAAGGCAACAGGCAAGAACAGAGCUGUCCUCAUCAAAAGUUUUCACCAACCUUAUGGACUCAAGAUAAUGCAUGAAGUGCUACAGCCCAGGUCUUCUAACCCUUGUCUGAACACUGGCUGUUCUCACUUGUGCCUUCUGAGCCCACUGUCCAAGGGAAGCUGUCGUUGCCCAGUUGGGCUCUUGCUUGCUGAUGACGGCUCCAACUGUGCCCCACUCGAGGAGGCUGCAUUUCUGUUCCUGGUGUUACCCACAGUUAUCAUGCAGAUCUAUCUGAAAAACCUAGAAGCUAUAGCAGCAGAGGAAACAUUACCUGAGCACCAAGCACUUCCUUUUACCAGUGUGAACCAGCUUGCAACAGUGGACUACCUCAUAAAGGAAAAGGCUCUCUACCUUUCAGAAAUGAAUAAUGGUGAUAUCAAAUUUCUGAGGCUUGAAGAAUUUGGAAAACUCUCUUGGAGGAAAAUUCUUUCUGUGCAGGGAACCAUGAUUGACUUUGCUUUGGAUUGGUUGAGUGGAAACAUAUAUUGGAUUGACAGUAGGAACCCUCAUAUCAAUGUAGCUUCCUCAAAAGGCCAGUAUCCCAUUGUCUUGAUCAGUCAAAAUCUUUACCACCCAGCAUCUGUUGUACUCCACCCAUCAAGUGCAAUCAUGUGUUUUGUGGACCUGGGUUCCCAAGAUGAUGCUAGACGUGACUCCAGUAUUGAAUGUGCCUCUAUGGAUGGCAGCAGGAGGAAAGUGCUGUGGCAGAAAUCCCAGGCCCCAGUAGGCCUGGCCUUCUCAGAUUCAGGGACCCGCAUAUACUGGGCUGAUACUGCAAAAGGACUCAUAGAGAGUAUUUGUCAAGAUGGUUCUAGAUACAGAAUAGACCGCAGAGGAAUUCAGAACUUGAACCUAUUUACAUAUGGCCGAGGCAAGAUGUUGUGGACCACGACUGGUGAUGCCCAAGUCACAAAAGUUUGGUAUGGCAAGGAGGAACUUUUGGAAGACCAGUGGUUCCAAGUAGACCAAAAGAUCAUGGAUUUAAAAGUUUAUAGUAAACUUAAUCAACAGGGUAGUAAUAGCUGCUCAAAAGACAAUGGAGGAUGUAGCCAUAUCUGUUUACCACACCCUGAAGGACAGACUUGUAAGUGUCCCAGUGGGCACUACUUGGCUGAUACAAGAAAAUGUAUGGAAAUUAUUCGAUGCUCCGAACCAUCACAAUCCUGUAAAGAUGGUCAGAAAUGCAUUUAUGUGGAGCAAAUCUGCGAUGGUCAAGCUGACUGUCUGGAUGAAUCUGAUGAAAUGGACUGCACCUACUCGGAUCAAUCCCAUUUAAUGCUGAUACCUAAAAAGGCAUCCACUGACAAAAGAUUGACUUCCAAAGCCACCCAACCUCUCCAAGCUGCCAAGCCCACCAACGCUAGACAUUCAGGUUCAGAAAUGGUGAAUUAUCCUGUGAGAAAAACACUAACCCCUCUUGUUCCUGCUAGAGAAAGCAAGAACCCAGAAACCAAAACAAAGGAUGAUUCUACUCAACUCAAGGACUUACAAAGGACAAGUCAUUUGCCCUGCAGCAGUGAUUUCUGUCACAGGCAGGGCCUCUGUACAGUGGAGGGAGACCUGAAGAAAUGCAGCUGCCUGCCGGAAUAUGGAGGAGAGUUCUGUGAGAAGUCAGCUCCCGGACACAGCGUUGGCUACAGAGUCCUCAGCUUCACCGCUGCCCUGUCACUUGUUCUGGUCGCUUUGGGAGCAUUUGUUUAUCUCAGAAGAGGAUGUGGAUGGAAAGGUAGUAGAGCUUCAUCCAAAAAUGUGAUCUUUAAAGAAAAUAACCAUGAAGAAGAGAUUUUAAUGAAGACUAAGAGUUUGGUCAAUGAAGCCUUGGAUGAACAGACUCUGGUUUGAGCAACUAAAAGUUAAACAAGGUGAAAAUAAAUGAAAUUGUAGUCAAAGAUUCAGAUUUUGGUGGAUUCCAAAAGGAGCUCAAUCCUUGUGAAGUGGGGAAUUUUUUCUUAAGGUUAGUGGAGUUCUCUAAAAUUACCUCCUCUCCCUAUAACCUCUGCUGACUCUGCUGAUUCCCCAUGUCUGUAUGUUUGUUUAUUCAAACACAGUAUGUAUUUUCUAAUUUCAACAGGAAUUGUUAAGUUCUUUACAGAUUGACUAAUCUAAUUUUUUAA